CCGUUUCCUUUCAUACAUGUCUGCUAUAGCGUUCGUUUCCUGGGUGCGAUACUACUCCAACUUCCCGAAGGAACUGCGGCGGAUUUUCUCCAUCAAAGCGGUCAAUAUGGGCCAUUACGCCAAAUGUUUGGGUCUACGGGAUCCACCGAAGCAGUUCAUGCGGCAGCACACCGGACCCAAGGAUGGCGGAGAGCAGGAGGGAAAUGAUGGAGGACGUGGUGAAGGUCGUCCUAGGAAGUUCGGUGCUCAGAGGGGACGAGGUGGUGGAGGUGGACGCGGUCGAGGAGGCAAACCGUUCGCCGGCAAUCCUCGGAAGCGAUCGUUUACCGCUACCAAGGGGGGCGGCUCAUCGGGUGCUGGCGCUGCCAACCGGAAGCACAAAGACCUUGCCAGCUACGCACAAAGCUCGCGCAUGAUCAACACGUCCGAAUUUGCCAGUGGUUUGGCACCGGCUCGGAAAAAGCCCCGAAAGAACUGAUCCUCUGCUGCCGCUGCCGCGCGCAAGGUUUGUAAAUAUCUAGGUAUAUGUACCUACCUACUUUCAGCGCAGGAGAUUAAGCAAAAGUGGAAGAGAGUAUGUACAUCAUAUUUGUUUUUAUAACAAUCAGAGUCGAUUGAUCCGAGUGUAGGCAAUAUAAUUCGCAUUACAGAAAUAAAUUAAGGAAAACCAACGCUAAAAA